UGUCUUUUGGAUGAAUGGAUAUUGCGAGCCUUUAAGGGGCAAUUAGUGCCUUUCCUUCAAGACAUCGCUACAUGUCCUGGACUCACUAGACUCUAGAGUCAUUACCAUGUAAAGUCUUCCAUGAGACCUUCUAGGCUCUCAGCAAACCUCCUUAUGUAAUUUUCAACUUUUGAACAGGGCCUAAGGCUGUGAUAUGCCGGAUGUAGUAAGAUGGCAACAUGUAUCAUAGCGUUACUGUUACAUUAUCAUGCGGCGGCACCUAUCUGCUUUCGCCCAGCUCCAUUAAGAGGUACCAAGGGUCCAAAUCUGUGGGGGCUUGCAUUUAGUUGCCAUUCCCAUGUCGUGCUGAGAUGUGUAUACACGUAUUUACCUAAUAGUCAGCAAGAGGCUAACCUAGAGCCUUUCCUUUACAAGUUCUUGGAGGUCUUAUCUAACACGAGAUUCAAAAACACGAUGACUUGAGUGGAUGAGAAGCAAAAGAUGAAGGUUGCUUCCACCCU